AGAACACACACAACACUCCGAUUGGAUACAGCAGUUUGUGAGGCCUCUGAUUGUUUGUACUGCACAGCAUAGCAAGAUUUGCAUUGUUUUUAAGUUCAAUGGCAGGAUCAAAAGUAACACACACAACUGCGACGCCAUUAAUUGUGGUAAUAUUGUGCUUGGUGGUCCUCAUGGCUUCUGUAGGAAAGCAAGGUGUGAUGGCGCAGUCAAGCUGUACCAGUGCCCUUGUGAGCUUAUCGCCAUGUCUCAAUUAUAUCUCGGGAAAUGAGACGACCCCUUCUCAGGGGUGCUGCACUGCCCUUGCUACUGUAGUGAAAAAUAAUCCGUCUUGUCUGUGCCAGCUGCUGACUGGUAAUAAUCAGUUGGGAAUUGCCAUUAAUCAGACUCGAGCUCUGGCGAUGCCCGCUGAAUGCAAAGUUACCACGCCGCCUGUCAGCCAAUGCCAAAGUUCAGGGGCUCCUACAACUUCCCCUUCUCCUACAACUUCAGGGGUCCCUCCUACUUCUCCUUCUGGCAACGGUUCUGGUGCUCCAACUACAGAGGCGACCCCGAGUUCGAAUCCCACCCAGAACAAUUCAGCUUCGAACAUUUUUGCAUCCCCUGUCCUUAAGGUCGUAACAGCGGUGGUAUUGGCUGCAGUUGUGAUGUGAAGAUAUUAAGCAGCGUGGACUUUCACAUAGAAAUUAUUAUCAUAUUUUAUUUUCCUUGUACGAUUUUUUAAAUAAUUGUUUGAUUCCCUUUUUUUCUGUAAUUGGGAAAACAUUUUCGUUUGAUAAGCCCUUGGGAGACAAACUAGGCUAUGUUUUGGUGAAGAAGUGUAGAACUUUCGUUGCAAUCUUACUAUUAUAGAAAAGUUUAAAAUCAAUUGUGUUAUU